CCUCCGCCGCUGCACUCUUGAGCUCUCCUUCGGCCACUAUUCACCCCCUCCGCUGCACCUCACCGAGACAGCCCCCUUCUUAGUCGCGUACGCUCGCUCAGCAUCAAACAGCCUUCCGCUCGGUGGGCGGCAGGCUGCCAGAACGACCCCGCCGUCAUGGGCGUUUCAAUUAUAGACAUACAGAGAGACAUAAUCCUCAAUACGAUCCGCAGCACCACGCGCGGCGACUGGAAGGUCCUGAUCGUGGACGAUGACAGCCGCAAGCUCAUCGACAAUGUGGUCAAGGAGGAUGACAUUCUCAAUGCCAACAUUACGAACAUCGAGAACAUCACCGACAGGCGCCAGCCCCAGCCCGACAUUGACGCCGUCUACUUCGUCACGCCGAAACCGCACAUUGUCGACUGCAUCAUGGCAGACUUCGAGCGCCGGAGAUACAGAGGGACAUUCCUGAUAUGGACGACACUACCUCCCGCGCCGCUGAGAGAGCGGAUAGAGCGCUCGCAGAUGGCUCAGCAGCAGAUCAGGGUAUUCAAGGUCAUGCACCUCGAGUUCUACCCCCGCGAAUCCCACCUCGUGACGUUCAACGACCCCUGGAGCUUCCCAAUACUCUUCCACCCAGAAUGCAACAACCUCGUGAGGCACCACAUGGAGGACAUCGCGGAGAAGCUCAUCGGUGUCUGUGUCGCCCUCGGCGAGUAUCCGACCAUUCGCUAUUACCGCCCACGCACGCCCACCCACGAAGCUAGCGUGCUAUGCUCACACCUAGCGCGCUUUGUUCAAGACAAGCUAGACAUGUACACCCAGUUUAACCCCGAUUUCCCUCCGCAAUCGAAUCGGCCCCGUGGCGCUCUGUACAUCACCGACCGUUCCAUGGAUCUAUGCGCGCCACUAUUACAUGAGUUCACGUAUCAGGCAAUGGCACAUGAUCUGCUACGGAUACAAGACCAGGAUAAAGUCACGUAUAGGACUGUAGUAAACGAAGGCGAGCCGGGAGCUGAAGAGAAGGAUAUGGAAAUCAGUGAAAAGGACAGGAUAUGGGUGGAGAAUCGACAUCGCCAUAUGAAGGAUACCAUCGACAAACUGAUGACGGACUUCCAAAAAUUUAUUGCAGACAACCCCCACUUUACAAACCAAGAUAGCCAAAACGCAACCGGCGUAAACGGCUUAAAUGCGAUCAAAGACAUGAUCGCUGGUCUUCCCCAAUUCCAGGAGAUGAAGGAAGUAUACUCAUUACAUCUCACUAUGGCACAGGAGUGUAUGAACAUUUUCCAGCAGCACAAGCUGCCAGACGUGGCCACUGUGGAACAGUGUUUGGCUACUGGUCUCGACGAAGACUACCGAAAGGCCAAGGACAUGGCCGCCCAGGUUGUCCGGACCCUGGAUGAGGACGCCGUAACACCCUCCGACCGCCUACGCCUCAUUGCCCUAUACGUUCUCUACAAGGACGGCAUCCUUCCUGCCGACCUCGAAAAGCUUCUGCUGCACGCCCAGCUUCCCCUUCCAGACGGAGACGUAAUCCGAAACAUGGACUUUCUGGGUGCUCGCGUAUCUAAACAGUUGAAGGAAAAGCGAGACCCACCGCCACCACUUUUCCCACGCAAAACCACCCCUCCACCGAACGCAGAAGAUUACGCGCUAUCCAGAUUCGACACCGUCCUACAAGAGGUCCUUGAAGAGCACGUUCAUGGAAGAUUACCCCUGGACAUAUUCCCAUAUACCAAAAUGCAACCAGACGAUCCUAGCAUGAUGCAGGACAAUACACCUGCAGCAUCGCUCCGAUCCGCCAAACCGACAUGGGCGAAGUCCAAGCUCUCGAGCGUCGAACCGCGACAGCGAAUCAUUGUGUUCAUAGCCGGUGGGGCGACGUACUCCGAAGCUCGUGCAUGCUACGACAUCUCCCAAAAGACCUCUAGAGACAUCUUCCUGGUCACCUCGCAUAUGCUGAACCCGGGCCUGUUUGUGCGACAAGUCGGGGACCUUAGCCAAGGCCGUCGCACUCUGCGGUUACCAGCCGAUGGACCCCAGCCAAAAGCGCCAGCACACUUGUUCGAGAAACCAGAGCCACCGAAACCAGCUCCACCGCCAGCAGGUACGAAGCCGCCGCUUGUUAGGCCCGCUGGGCUGCCAUCACGGCCUGGAGGUGGGCCCGCUCCGCCAACGGCCGGGCUUGGAGCUAUGACACUCAACUCGGGGAGGUCACAAAGCCAGAGCCCCGCUCCGCCCAUAAAGCUAAGCAAGGACCAAGAGAAGGAGAAGAAGAAAAAGAAGCAUCAUUUCUUCUCUUCCAAGUCAUAACGCUGUCAGGAUGGCUUCUAGAAGGCAUUGCCGGUGGAGUUUGGGCGGAAUUGUUCCCUUCUUUUUUUGCAUGGCGUUUGCGAAUCUGUCCAUGCUUGGGGUGAACGCAUUGGCAUGGCACGGGAGGCGUUCAGUCGGUCGGAGUGACAGCCCCUGCGCCUUGUCUAUGAUACCACUGGUUGGAGCUAGACAUUUAGGAUAGGAUAGCUAGGUAGGAUAAAGAUAAGUGUAGUCA